CGUGUCCUGUGAAAACCUGUCCGGUCGGAACUCUAACAUGACAACAUUUCCUUGGGUGAAUGAUGUAAACACACGACAAAGUGUUCAAAUAAGAUUGUAAACAACAUUUGAUGAAGUUUCUUCACAGCCGCAGAGCAUCCUGGCUCUCAAUCCAAGGGUGAAGACUCACGGUCAGAUCAUGUCCACGGCCAACAAGAAGACAGAAAAGAAACACUGGAAGCGAAACCCUGAGAGGAGUUGUGGUUCCUGUGUGAAGUUGGAGAACAACUUUGAUGAUAUCAAACACACCACCCUGAGUGAGCGAGGAGCUCUCCGAGAAGCUCUGAGGUGUCUGAAAUGUGCAGAUGCUCCCUGUCAGAAGAGCUGUCCCACCAACUUGGACAUCAAGUCAUUUAUUACAAGCAUUGCAAACAAGAACUACUACGGAGCGGCGAGGUCCAUCCUGUCUGACAACCCACUGGGUCUGACCUGUGGAAUGGUGUGUCCCACGUCAGAGCUGUGUGUGGGAGGCUGCAACCUGUACGCCUCUGAGGAGGGGCCCAUUAACAUCGGGGGCUUGCAGCAGUUUGCCACCGAGGUGUUUAAUAAGAUGGGCGUCCCUCAGAUCAGAAACCCUGAGUUAACGCCACCCCAUGAGAUGCCACAGUCCUACCAUGCACCCAUCGCCCUGAUUGGCUGUGGCCCUGCUUCUAUCAGCUGUGCCUCCUUUCUCGCCCGCCUUGGAUACGAUGACAUCACCAUCUUUGAGAAGCAGAAAUACACUGGAGGGUUAAGCACAUCAGAAAUCCCACAGUUCCGCCUUCCUUAUGAGGUUGUGCAGUUUGAGAUCGACUUGAUGAAGGACCUGGGAGUCAAGGUGGUGUGUGAGAAGGGUCUUGGCGUAGACGGAAUGACUCUGACUUCUCUGAAAGAACACUACCAGGCUGUCUUCAUUGGAAUUGGUCUCCCCCAGGCCAACAGAGCACAAAUCUUCCAGGGUUUGACCAUGGACCAAGGCUUCUUCACUUCCAAAGACUUCCUGCCCAUGGUGGCCACAGCCAGCAAGAGCGGUAUGUGUCAGUGCCGCUCUUCUCUGCCCGCCUUACGGGGAGUGGUGAUCGUCCUGGGGGCUGGCGACACGGCCUUUGAUUGCGCCACCUCCGCCAUCCGCUGCGGCGCCAAGAGAGUGUUUGUCUGCUUCAGGAAGGGAUUCACCAACAUCAGAGCUGUUCCUGAGGAGAUGGAGUUGGCUAAGGAGGAGCGGUGUGAGUUCCUCCCUUUCCUGUCUCCGCGGGAGGUCAUCAUGAAGAACGGGCGGGUCGCCGGCUUGCAGUUUUGUCGCAGCGAGCAGACUGAGGACGGCGACUGGUUGGAGGACGAGGACCAAGUAGUGAGGCUGAAGGCCGACUACAUCAUCAGCGCCUUUGGGUCCAUGCUCAGCGAGCCCACAGUGAGCCACGCCAUGGCGCCGCUCAAGCUGACUCGUUGGGGCACGCCCGAGGUGAACGGCGAGACCAUGCAGACCAGUGAGCCCUGGGUGUUUGCCGGGGGAGACAUUGCCGGACUGGCAAACACCACGGUGGAGUCGGUGAACGACGGCAAGCAGGCCUCCUGGCAUAUUCACAGAUACCUUCAGUCCCUGCAUGACCAGACGGUGGAGGCCGUUCCAAAGCUGCCAUUGUUCUACUGCGCCAUCGACCAAGUGGACAUCAGUGUGGAGGUGUGCGGAAUCAAGUUUCCCAACCCGUUUGGCCUGGCUUCUGCUCCUCCCACGACCACGGCAGCCAUGAUCCGAAGAGCUUUUGAACAAGGAUGGGGCUUCGCACUGACCAAGACCUUUGGACUGGAUAAAGACCUGGUGACAAACGUGUCUCCUCGUAUUGUGCGCGGCACCACCUCUGGUCACAUGUACGGACCUGGUCAAGGAUCCUUCCUGAACAUUGAGCUGAUCAGUGAAAAGACCGCAGCCUACUGGUGCCGGUCAGUGGCUGAGCUCAAGAGAGAUUUCCCCCAAAAUGUGGUGAUCGCCAGCAUCAUGUGCAGCUACAACAAGGAGGACUGGACACAACUGGCCAAGAUGGCUGAGGAAUCUGGAGCUGAUGCCUUGGAGUUGAACUUGUCCUGUCCUCAUGGCAUGGGAGAGAGAGGCAUGGGAUUGGCGUGUGGGCAGGACCCCGUGUUGGUGCGUAACAUCUGUCGCUACGUGCGAGUCGCCACCUCCAUACCCUUCUUUGCCAAACUGACACCUAACGUUACCAACAUUGUGGACAUUGCCAGGGCCGCCCAGGAAGGUGGAGCAGAUGGUGUUACAGCCACAAACACAGUCUCAGGUUUGAUGGGACUGAAGGCAGAUGGCUCGCCCUGGCCAAGUGUUGGAGCUGGCAAAUGCAGCACGUACGGAGGAGUGUCAGGUAAUGCCAUCAGACCCAUUGCUCUUAGAGCUGUCUCCGCCAUUGCAAGAGCGCUUCCGGGCUUCCCAGUUCUGGCCACUGGAGGGAUUGACUCUGCAGAAUCUGGCUUACAGUUUCUUCACGCUGGUGCCUCAGUGCUACAGGUAUGCAGUGCCAUCCAGAACCAGGACUUUACCUUGAUUGAGGACUACUGUGUGGGGUUGAAGACCUUGCUGUACUUGAAGAGCCUUGACCUAAAAGACUGGGAUGGUCAGUCUCCUCCAACAGAGAGACACCAGAGGGGGAAACCUAUUCCAAAACUGGGAGACAUGGUUGGACAGAGCCUCCCCAGUUUUGGACCCUACCUCCAGAAGAGGACAGAGGCCAUCGCUCAGCACAAGAAAGAUCUCAUAGGUGCCAGCGGUGCAGAUGUCAUGGAAGCCAACGUCACAAAAAGCGGAGGGCCGAAGAAACCAGUUCCAGCUGUCAAGGACGUGAUAGCAAGAGCGCUGCGCUACAUUGGAGCGUACCAAGAACUUAACAAUAUGGAGCAGGUCCAGGCUGUGAUAGAUGAAGAGAUGUGUAUCAAUUGUGGGAAAUGCUACAUGACUUGCAACGAUUCUGGCUAUCAGGCUAUUACCUUCGAUCCAGAGACCCACCUUCCGGCUGUAAAUGACAGCUGUACCGGGUGCACUCUGUGCCUGAGUGUCUGUCCAAUCAUAGACUGCAUCAAGAUGGUUACCAGGACAACCCCCUACCAGCCCAAGAGGGGUGUGCCCAUUAGUCCUGUCUGUUGAAGGACAAGAGCCGACUAAAAUAUCACUUAGACAUAGGGUGUGUUUGUUGUCGUAAGAUGUCACAGUACAGUCGUCCCUCGUUUAUCCCAACCAAUUGCUUCCAGGCCUGAUUGUUGUAAACGAACUUCUGCAAAGUAGGAUUCAUUUUAAUUUACCUAAUAUUGUCAUAGUUGAGCUGUUUAUGACCUUCUAAAUAAGCCUUUUAACAUAAUUAGAGCCCUUUAAGCAUGAAAAUAACACCCAUAUAGUCACCUUUACAGCAGUUUCACCCAAUAUAGUAGCCUUGAUUACAGUACUCUCUGGUAACCCAGAAUAUGGCCGUUGCCCGGCUGAUAAAACACGGCCACGAUGUCAAAGUACUUUGUCACAGCCUGGAUAAUUCAUCUAAGUUAGAAGUGAGCUUCCAUGUGCUGAAACCGCAAGCGUAAGUUGUUCAACUUGACACUCGUAGCUACCAUCUAUAGCUUUGUUGUUAGCAUUCAGUCUUGUUGACAUUCCACAUUGAUCCCGUCAAGGCUGUUACUGAUGUCAAAUAAAGAGAUCCUCUCCACUUUGCCCGCUUAGUUGUUGAUUGUGGAAAGCAGUCUUGUUAGCCUGAAUGUUGCGCAGUCUGAUGCUACGACAUCGCUCGUGCAAAAGUCUUGUCCAUGUGGAGAUGUUUUAUUUAGUUUUAUUGAUGAGACAGGAGUUGAAGUCGGUCAAAAAGUCGUUAAAAGUUGGUCAACUUGAUUUUGGUGGUGAAGAUACAGUAGCGCCAGGUGUAGCCGCUUCUGUUGUUGUUAGCCGUGUUCGCCACAGCAUAUUAAUGGAAAACUACAAAAAAUCCUGCGGAAAAUUUGAUGGGCCUGCUAUCUGUGCCCUGAACCUCCGGCCGGGGUGGAAGCCGACGUACGUCUAGGACGGCGCACAGUAUCCAAAUCCAUGAUUUUUAGGUUUAAACAUACAAAAUUAGCAAAAAAAAGCUAGCAUAAAAUGUUUGCAUGUGAAUAUAAGAGACGUUAGCAUACUAGCAAGAUGGUGGCAAGUAAAAAAAUCAUGAUGUUUAGGUUAAAAUAUUAGCUACAAAGCUAGCAAAAACGUUAGCAUGCUCAUGCGUGACCAGGUAAGAAGAAUUAUUUGUAUUAUUUCCUAAAAAGCUAGCAUAAAUCAUUAGCAUGCUAACACUUUGCAGCAGUGAAUGGAGGCUUGCAUUGCAGCAGGCCCAUAAUGAGACAAAUGCUGCUCUAUAAUACAUAACUAAGACUUACUCUAACCCCAGCAGGCCCAUAAUGAGACAAAUGCUGCACUAUAAUACACAACUAAGACUUACUCUAACCCCAGCAGGCCCAUAAUGAGACAAAUGCUGCACUAUAAUACAUAACUAAGACUUACUCUAACCCCAACAGGCCCAUAAUGGGACAAAUGCUGCUCUAUAAUACAUAACUAAGACUUACUCUAACCCCAGCAGGCCCAUAAUGAGACAAAUGCUGCUCUAUAAUACAUAACUAAGACUUACUCUAACCCCAGCAGGCCCAUAAUGAGACAAAUGCUGCUCUAUAAUACAUAACUAAGACUUACUCUAACCCAAGCAGGCCCAUAAUGAGACAAAUGCUGCUCUAUAAUACACAACUAAGACUUACUCUAACCCCAGCAGGGCCCAUAAUUAGACAAAUGCUGCUCUAUAAUACAUAACUAAGACUUACUCUAACCCCAGCAGGCCCAUAAUGAGACAAAUGCUGCUCUAUAAUACAUAACUAAGACUUACUCUAACCCCAGCAGGCCCAUAAUGAGACAAAUGCUGCUCUAUAAUACAUAACUAAGACUUACUCUAACCCCAGCAGGCCCAUAAUGAGACAAAUGCUGCUCUAUAAUACAUAACUAAGACUUACUCUAACCCCAGCAGGCCCAUAAUGAGACAGAUGCUGCUCUAUAAUACAUAACUAAGACUUACGCUAACCCCAGCAGGCCCAUAAUGAGACAGAUGCUGCACUAUAAUACAUAACUAAGACUUACUCUAACCCCAGCAGGCCCAUAAUGAGACAAAUGCGGCUCUAUAAUACAUGACUAAGACUUACUCUAACCCCAGCAGGCCCAUAAUGAGACAAAUGCUGCACUAUAAUACAUAACUAAGACUUACUCUAACCCCAGCAGGCCCAUAAUGAGACAAAUGCUGCUCUAUAAUACAUAACUAAGACUUACUAUAACCCCAGCAGGCCCAUAAUAAGACAAAUGCUGCCCUAUAAUACAUAACUAAGACUUACUCUAACCCCAGCAGGCCCAUAAUGAGACAAAUGCUGCACUAUAAUACAUAACUAAGACUUACUCUAACCCCAGCAGGACCAUAAUGAGACAAAUGCUACUCUAUAAUACAUAACUAAGACUUACUCUAACCCCAGCAGGCCCAUAAUGAGACAAAUGCUGCACUAUAAUACAUAACUAAGACUUACUCUAACCCCAGCAGGCCCAUAAUGAGACAAAUGCUGCUCUAUAAUACAUAACUAAGACUUACUCUAACCCCAGCAGGCCCAUAAUGAGACAAAUGCUGCUCUAUAAUACAUAACUAAGACUUACUCUAACCCCAGCAGGCCCAUAAUGAGACAAAUGCUGCUCUAUAAUACAUAACUAAGACUUACUCUAACCCCAGCAGGCCCAUAAUGAGACAAAUGCUGCACUAUAAUACAUAACUAAGACUUACUCUAACCCCAUCAGGCCCAUAAUGAGACAAAUGCUGCACUAUAAUACAUAACUAAGACUUACUCUAACCCCAGCAGGCCCAUAAUGAGACAAAUGCUGCACUAUAAUACAUAACUAAGACUUACUCUAACCCCAGCAGGCCCAUAAUGAGACAAAUGCUGCACUAUAAUACAUAACUAAGACUUACUCUAACCCCAGCAGGCCCAUAAUGAGACAAAUGCUGCACUAUAAUACAUAACUAAGACUUACUCUAACCCCAGCAGGCCCAUAAUGAGACAAAUGCUGCACUAUAAUACAUAACUAAGACUUACUCUAACCCCACAUUUAGGACAGAAACAUGUAGAAUAUGCUUUGAAACAAAGUGGCAAGGGACGACUGUACUGCAGUAAUGUUUUGAGGGACUAAAACUAAGCUUUAUUUUCUGCCAGAUGCAACUAUUACUUACAUGUUGUCUUUUUAUUUCCAAGUAACAUCCUGGAAUGUGCUCUUCUCAUCAAGUCUCCAUAAAACACUUUUAAUGGGAAACAUUGUUACACAACAAGGCUGCAUCUCAUCUUGUAUGCAGUAAAAGACUAAUACUUGUAUGCAGUAAAACACUAAGACGUGUAUGCAGUAAAAGACUAAGACUUGUAUGCAGUAGAAGACUAAGACUUGUAUGCAGUAAAAGACUAAGACUUGUAUGCAGUAAAAGACUAAGACGUGUAUGCAGUAAAAGACUAAGACUUGUGUGCAGUAAAAGACUAAGACUUGUAUGCAGUAAAAGACUAAGACUUGUAUGCAGUAGAAGACUAAGACUUGUAUGCAGUAGAAGACUAAGACUUGUAUGCAGUAAAAGACUAAGACUUGUAUGCAGUAGAAGACUGAGACUUGUAUGCAGUAGAAGACUAAGACUUGUAUGCAGUAAAAGACUAAGACUUGUAUGCAGUAAAAGACUAAGACUUGUAUGCAGUAAAAGACUAAGACUUGUAUGCAGUAAAAGACUAAGACUUGUAUGCAGUAAAAGACUAAGACUUGUAUGCAGUAAAAGACUAAGACUUGUAUGCAGUAGAAGACCAAGACUUGUAUGCCGUAAAAGACUAAGACUUGUGUGCAGUAAAAGACUAAGACUUGUAUGCAGUAGAAGACUAAUAAGACUUGUAUGCAGUAAAAGACUAAGACUUGUAUGCAGUAAAAGACUAAGACGUGUAUGCAGUAAAAGACUAAGACUUGUGUGCAGUAAAAGACUAAGACUUGUAUGCAGUAAAAGACUAAGACUUGUAUGCAGUAGAAGACUAAGACUUGUAUGCAGUAGAAUACUAAGACUUGUAUGCAGUAAAAGACUAAGACUUGUAUGCAGUAAAAGACUAAGACUUGUAUGCAGUAGAAGACUAAGACUUGUAUGCAGUAAAAGACUAAGACUUGUAUGCAGUAAAAGACUAAGACUUGUAUGCAGUAAAAGACUAAGACUUGUAUGCAGUAAAAGACUAAGACUUGUAUGCAGUAGAAUACUAAGACUUGUAUGCAGUAGAAGACUAAGACUUGUAUGCAGUAAAAGACCAAGACUUGUAUGCAGUAAAAGACUAAGACUUGUAUGCAGUAAAAGACCAAGACUUGUAUGCAGUAAAAGACUAAGACUUGUAUGCAGUAAAAGACUAAGACUUGUAUGCAGUAAAAGACUAAGACUUGUAUGCAGUAAAAGACUAAGACUUGUAUGCAGUAGAAGACCAAGACUUGUAUGCCGUAAAAGACUAAGACUUGUGUGCAGUAAAAGACUAAGACUUGUAUGCAGUAGAAGACUAAUAAGACUUGUAUGCAGUAAAAGACUAAGACUUGUAUGCAGUAAAAGACUAAGACGUGUAUGCAGUAAAAGACUAAGACUUGUGUGCAGUAAAAGACUAAGACUUGUAUGCAGUAAAAGACUAAGACUUGUAUGCAGUAGAAGACUAAGACUUGUAUGCAGUAGAAUACUAAGACUUGUAUGCAGUAAAAGACUAAGACUUGUAUGCAGUAAAAGACUAAGACUUGUAUGCAGUAGAAGACUAAGACUUGUAUGCAGUAAAAGACUAAGACUUGUAUGCAGUAAAAGACUAAGACUUGUAUGCAGUAAAAGACUAAGACUUGUAUGCAGUAAAAGACUAAGACUUGUAUGCAGUAGAAUACUAAGACUUGUAUGCAGUAGAAGACUAAGACUUGUAUGCAGUAAAAGACCAAGACUUGUAUGCAGUAAAAGACUAAGACUUGUAUGCAGUAAAAGACUAAGACUUGUAUGCAGUAAAAGACUAUGACUUGUAUGCAGUAGAAGAUGCCACUAAUCCCUUCAUAGUUAUGAAAAUAAUGUGUGCUCAUGAAGAUGUUUGAGCAGCACCACAUGUGCCAAUUAGUGGUUUAAUUGUUCAUAGUGGGAAUGUUUGUAGAAAUGGUUUGAAGUUACAAUUGUAUGAAUCAAAUGAUUGACAGUACAUUGAUUAUUUUGGAGAUAUUAUUGGGCCUAAUUGAGUUUUAUGUUAGAAUUUGAUUGUGAACCAAUAAAGUACCUAAGCUGA